CUAAAAAGUUAGUAGGUACAUAUUUUUUAUUAUUAUUUUAUAUCUACAUUAAACAGUUUCCAAUAAUUUUCAUUCGAGGUGAAAAACUUAUUCUCUUAUCAAUUCUUAUAGGAGAAAAAUCAAGCUUUAAUUGACUCACUUUUAGUAUUUAAUAAAAAAUUAGUAAAUAGUUAUUGUAUAUAUUUUUUUGUUUCUAAUAUAGCAAACAUGCCUAAAAAUCAUACCUAAGACAUUAAAUAAAACAAAAGUUUAUUUUCUGGACAAGAAAAUAUUAAGUAGAGUAUUUCUUGUGGUUAUAUGAGAAUCUUUUAAGAGGCUGCUACUAAUGUACAUGAGUUAUUGUUACACUUUUCUUUUAUUCCAUUCAUAUAUGAGAAUUGAAUAUUUUUGAAAUGAUCCUGAAGUAAAUUUGGAAAACUUGUUAAAAGUAACGAGACUAUUCCAGUGCAGAAAACCAACACGAUUCCUCCCACAAGCCGUCAAUAACUCAAUUAAUAUGUUGUGAUAUCUAAAUAGUAAACCUGAUACCUUAUAGAAAGAAUAGAUAUCAAUUACAACACCUGUUUUCACCCUAAUGGAACUAUUCACAACCUUUCAAUCAAAUCACAAUAUAUAAAGAGGAAAAACAAAUUCUUUCGCCAUUCAAACUACAAGCCGCCAUCAUGAGAAAAAUAUCGAUUAUUUAUCUUCAAAUUAGUGUAGCAGCCGUAAUAACUGUUCAGUUAUUGGUCCCAAUAAUAGCAUUUAAAAAGACGUCCAAUGUGGAUCAGUUUAUGGUGGAAAAUCAAAGAACUCGGAUGCGACAAAACUAUAUAAUGCAAAGAGCAUUAGAUAGUGACAAUGAUGACAAAUUUGACGUAACGUAUGUCAAAGCACCGCUGGUCAAUAAUAACAACCCCGAAGAAUUGCCCGCUCUCAUCGUUGAUUACGCUAACAUGAUUAGAAACGACAUAAUAUUGUUGGACAACUCGGUAGAAACACGGACGAGAAAGAGGGGUAAUAUAAAGGUAGAAAAAUAUGACCAACGCAGUGCUCGCGACAUACCUUGUAGUUGCGAGUUAGAAAGCCGAGAACCUAUCAUAUUAGGCGAGGAUUACAUUCCACGAUCGCUUGAAUCGAGAAAUUGCAACAUAAGACUUUGUCCAUCGUUUUACGCAUGUCAACAACGCUCUUAUAAUAUAACUGUCCUCAAAAGAAGAAGACACAACGACAAAUCUGUAGAAGAAUUACCGGAUGAACUUAAAUCACGAUGGGUUGCUGUUAAAAAGCCCGUCACUAUUGGAUGCGUUUGUAUAAGGGACAAUGUGGAUUUUGACUGAGAUAGAAAUAAAAAAUUAAAUUCGGAUUGAAGCUUGCAGGACCACAGAUUAUUAAUUUAAAUCGUGUUUAAUAAUUAUAAAGUAUUGAUAUCUUAUUACUAAACAUAAACCUAUUUAAAUAGAAGAAGAGCUAUUUAUUUAUAAUCAAUAUAUAUUUAAUGUAAGAUAUAAAAUAAAAAGCAUUUUAUUUAA